GUUGUCUACGGCUAGCGGUAGUAUACUUGCCCGGCCGGCGUAUAGCAGCGGCUGUUAAGACGUUGGUUGGCAGUUCGAUAUGGCAGGCAGCUGCCCCGGCAUGAAACUCGGCCACAGAUUCUGCAUGAAUUCCGUGGUAUUAAUAGCUCACAAUAUACAGACUGCUGCUCGAUCUAGGAUGCAGUAGCAAUUGCGUCCCUAGCCGGCUUUCCCGUUGCUUGAACUAUCGAGUGGCUAUCCGCACUGUAUGGUCUCGAUCACCAGCCACACGACAGCACAGCUAAGGCCAAUUCGAAGCGAUGAAGUUGAUCAGCGUUCUUUCCUCCCUCGUUCUCGGCGUUGCGACGCUUUCCGCCGCACUUCCCGCAGCGGAUUAUGGUCAGUCCACGACGACGAAGGGAUGCACGAAGCCAAUGAUCCGGAAGGACUGGCGUACUCUGAGCCAGAAGCAGAAGAUCAACUAUCUCGACGCCGUCAAGUGUCUGAUGCACACUCCGGGCAAGAAGACCGGCAUCGUCAGCCGUUUCGAGGACUUCCUGACCGAGCAUCAGGAAAAGACGGCGAUGGUCCACUUCAAUGCCGUCUUCCUGCCGUGGCAUAGGCUGUUGCUGUACGAGAUGGAGAGGGUGCUCCGCAGCGAAUGUGGCUAUCGCGGUGCGAUUCCUUAUUGGGACAUGAAACAGGACGUCGCAGACUUCCUCGCCUCGCCGGUCCUCAACGGCCGCGUUUCCUUCGGCGGCAACGGCUUGCCGAGCCCCGACGCACUACCGCCGUACAACACCACCGCCGGCGGGGCCAUCACCGACGGAUGGUUCGCGGGAGAGCUAAUCCACGUCGGCAUCGGCAAUGACACAUCGCCCGCUUUGCGCAACAUCACGCGGAAUAUUUCGCAGCACUACGCUAGCGCGUGGCUGACGCAGAAGCAAGAGGACACUGUCCUCUCCGAGACCGAUUUUGGCGAGUUCACGCUCUCGCUGGAGGGCCGGCUGCAGCUAGAUCCCGUAAAGUACGCCGAGAUCUGGGGAGUCCAUGCCGGCGGCCAUCGUGCCGUCGGCGGCGAUAUGCAGAACGCUUGGAGCUCCCCCAGCGAUCCGCUCUUCUACCUGCACCACGCGAAUCUGGAUCGCAUCUGGGCUACCUGGCAGGCGGCGAACCCUGAAGACAGGCAGUGGCAGAUGAUGGGGCCGAUCGCUCCCAGGGCCCCGUUCUUGGGCACGUGGCCGUACACGCCGCCAGCUGGUAAUGUGACGCUGGACUAUGUGCUCGAUCUGGGCGAGUUGGGGGGAGACAGGUUGAACGUUAGAGUGGCGAGGGUCAUGGACACGAGCGGUAGUAUGCCUGAGGACGAUGAGGACGAGGCGCUUUUGUGCUAUCUGUACGAUCAGUUGGCGUAGUUGGGGUUACAUACCGGUAGUAAUAGCGACGUAAUGUAAUUAAUAACAUGGCUGUGAGCGAA